AUGGACGCUAUACUCGAUCUUCUCGACCCGUACGUCUUCGACCACGGAUACGCCUACUUCUUCCCCCAACAAACACAGCUCCAAUCGACAGCAUACGGAAAUUCAACAGCCUACGCCGCCUCGACCAAGAACUUUGACGAUGAGUACUCUCUCAACUUCGGCUCUUCGCUGCCUCGCGACGACAUCUACCGCCAGAGCGCCUCUAUUCUCAUGAUCGCUGGCUUCGGCGCCGCCUUCAUCUAUGUCCUCUCUGCCGCCCUCUCCUACUACUUGGUCUUUGACCGCCGUCUCGAACACCACCCUCGAUUCCUCAAGAACCAGAUCAAGCAAGAGAUCCAGUCAAGUUUCUUCGCCAUCCCCAUUAUCGACCUCCUCACCCUCCCUUUCUUCCUGGGAGAAGUCCGCGGCCAUAGCUUGCUAUACACCCGAGUUGACGAGUACGGAUGGGCGUGGCUGGGCGUGUCGACUCUUCUGUACAUGGUCUUUAACGAUCUUGGCAUCUACUGGAUUCACCGUCUGGAGCAUCAUCCCAGCAUCUACAAAUACGUCCACAAGCCUCACCACAAGUGGAUUGUUCCUACUCCCUGGGCCGCCAUUGCCUUCCACCCUGUUGACGGCUAUGUCCAAUCCCUUCCCUACCACAUCUUUGUCUACAUCUGCCCCAUGCAGAAGCACCUCUACAUGUUCCUCUUCGUCUGCGUUCAAGUCUGGACCAUUCUUAUCCACGACGGCGACAUGAUCACUGGCCAUUGGCUCGAAAAGUUCAUCAACAGCCCUGCCCACCACACUCUGCACCACAUGUACUUCACCUGCAACUACGGCCAGUACUUCACAUGGGCCGACAGCUACUGGGACUCGCACCGUGCUCCUAUGCCCGAGCUUGAUCCCAUCCACGAUGCCAUCAAGGCCAUGCAAGCAAAGGGCUUGGCCGACAAGGACGGAAACCCUAUCAAGAAGGCCAAGGACGAGUAA